AGCUCGACAUCAGCACAAUUGCACUGAAUACUUCCUAGACUUCGUACACACCUUGCAGCUCACAAUGAAGAAAUUACUUCUCUUCCUUUCUUUUCUACUCUUCAACUCUUUCCUUUCUUUUGCUGUUGAAGAGCCUAAUCCAGUGCUCGACACCAACGGGGACGAAAUCCGCCCCGGUGUCGAGUACUACAUGGGGACCACCUUCCGCCCUGGCGGCGGUGUAACUUAUGGCAAGGGCCCAGGCAAUGAAAUUUGCCCUCUGGCAGUGGCUCAGGCGUGGCUCAAACGAGGCCUUCCAGUAACUUUUACACCGGUGAACCCAGAAGAAGGCGUGGUUCGUGUUUCCACUGAUUUGAACAUCAAGUUCGCUGAACCACCAAUUAUUGAUUUUUGUAGUGGAUCAAAUGUGUGGAAGGUUCAUUUCAACGAGGCACUCGAACAACACUUUGUACUGACUGACGGAGUUGAAGGGAACUCGGGAUGUGAAACCAUGGCCAAUUGGUUUAAGAUUGAAGCCGUCGGUGUUCAAGGUUACAAGCUUGUUUUCUGUCCCACAGUUUGUGACUCCAGUUCUGAAGCGAUUUGCAAAUAUGUUGGCAUCUAUCAUGAUGACGAUGGAACCAGGCGACUGGCUUUAGGUGGUCAGCCUUACCCGGUGGUGUUCAUAAAGAAAAAUGAAGAUAUUCUCAAGUCUGUUACCUCUACUUAAUUUCAGUUUUAAGUAAGAACAAUAAGGAGCCAUGUAUGCUCUAUCUCUCCAGUGAAUAAUGUAUGACUCUGUAAUAUUGAAAGCUUGUACUGCUUUCCAUAUGAAAAAUUAUGGAACUUAUCAUAAGGUUGUUUGUUUCUUUA